AUGGCUAAAUCGAUUGAUGAGGCAUACAAUUUGUUGGAAGAGAUGGCUACUAACAACUACCAGUGGCCAACAGAACAAGCAAUACAUAGGAAAAUAGCUGGAAUUCAUGAUGUAGAUGCAUUUUUAGCAUUAUCUGCUCAGAUAAUCAUGCAAGUCAUUAGUGUCCAAGCCCAAAAAAGGCAGUGCAAUUUGUGGGUAAUAGAUAAUAGAAUAAUCCCUACUCCAACACUUACAACUCAAGGUGGAGGAAUCAUUCUCAACCAAAGUUCACCCUCAACUCUAAGGCCAAAUGCACCUCUAGUAUUUCACCAGCAAGCCGGCACACCUAUUUCAGAAAAAAAGCCAACUAUGGAAGAUCUUCUAAGGCAGUACAUGACACAGAAUGAUAACAUUAUACAAAGUCAAAUAGCUCUCAUUCAGAGUCAAGCAGCAUCAAUUCAAAACCUUGAGACUCAGGUUGGUCAACUUACCAAUUUAUUAGACAACCGACCUCAAGGAACAUUGCCUAGUGAUACAAAGGUGAAUCCAAGGAGAGACAGCAAAAAACAAGUUAUGGCAAUCACCUUGAGGAGUGAAAAAGAGGUUGAACAUAGUGUUAAGCAAGCUAAUUCUCAAGAUGAGCUUGUUGAGAAUAAAACAGUGAUUGAGACAGUUGAUAAGCAAAGUCAAAAGAAGGAAGCAAAGAGGAAACUGAAGGACUUUGAGACAAUUACACUCAUUGAGGAGUAUAGUGCAAUAAUCCAUAAUAAGCUUCCACCAAAGCUUAGGGACCAAGGGAGUUUUUCUAUCCCUUACUCAAUUGUUAAUUUUAAUUUUUCAAAAGCUUUGUGUGAUUUAAGUGUUGGUGUCUCAAUUAUGCCUUUGUCUGUUCCUAGGAGAAUUGGACUGAAAGGGAUUCAACACACUAUAGUCACCUUGCAACUAGUUGACAGAACAAUAAGGCACCCCUGUGGUGUGAUAAAGAAUGUCUUGCUCAAACUUGGAAAAUUGUUCAUUCUAAUAUACUUCAUAGUACUUGAGACGGAAGAGGAUGAAGAGGUUCUGACCAUACUAAGACAUCCAUUCUUAGCCACUACAGGUGCAUUAAUAGAUGUAAGGGAAGGUAGAAUAACUUUCAGAGUUAGAGAUGAGGUAGUUGAAUUUACUAUUUUCAAUACAACUAUGAGUCCUUCAACCACAACUCAUUGCUAUAGAGUGGAUUUAGCUGAUAAAGAUGAAGGUAAUCCUACUCCACCAUCUACAAGUAAGCAAGCAUCAACUCAUGAGUUAGAGCCAUUGCCACUACAUCUUAACAUGAAGCAAUGUUAUGAUGUACAGAAUCUACCACCUUUCAGUGAUCUUGAUUUUGAGGUUGGAUAA